AACAAAGCUAAUGUCGGAAGUGGUGGCUAAGCAAUCGAAGGAAGUCUACAUUGGUAGGAAACGGAAAGAUUUUAACAUGGUGACCGCUGGCGCAAUAGUGGGUUUGCAUUUGCUAUGUGCUUUUGCACCAUUUACAUUCACCUUGGAUGCUUUAGUUGUGGCGAUCGGGUUGGAUUUGGUGACUCGUCUUCUUGGGAUUAAUCUUUCCUACCAUAGACACCUAUCGCACAAAAGCUUCAAGAUUCCCAAAUGGCUUGAAUACACAUUUGCUUAUUGUGGGCUUCAUGCUCUUCAGGGGAGCCCGAUAAGUUGGGUGAGAACACAUCGCUAUCAUCAUCAAUACACAGAUUCAGAGAAAGACCCACAUAGCCCGAUUAAUGGAUUUUGGUUUAGUCAUUUCAUCUGGAUGUUUGAUACCAAGAACAUUAGAUAUACGCGUGGACAGCACAACAAUGUGAAAGAUUUGGAGGAACAAUUAUUUUAUAGGUUUGUAAGGAGAACUUACAUUGCACAUCCCAUAGUUCUUGGCCUCCUUCUAUAUGCACUUGGAGGAUUUCCAUUUAUAGUGUGGGGAAUGGGAGUGAGGGUAGUGUGGGGGUAUCACAUGACAUGGCUAGUGAAUUCAGUUUGUCAUGGAUGGGGAGAUCAAGCAUGGAACACCAAAGAUCUUUCUCGUAACAAUCGAUUGGUGGGAAUACUAGGAUUUGGAGAGGGAUGGCACAACAAUCAUCAUGCAUUUCAGUAUUCUGCAAGACAUGGGUUGGAACGUUGGCAAAUCGAUAUUACAUGGUAUUUGAUUAGUCUCCUUAAGCUGAUCAGGGUGGCUACUAAUGUUAAGCUACCAACCGCAAGUGAUAUUCAGAAAAAGACCUUUGCUUCAAAAACUUGA